GAGUUAACGUGGAGUUGGGCGUCCGUUCGUCCUAGUGAAGGUGGGACGUGGAUCAGAAUCGCACGUCCUCAUCUGAUCCGUGGCCCUGGUGGGGACAGGCAGGAUCCAGAGUGUUCUUUGGCUACAAGCGGCGGUCAUAUGUGGGAACAGGGGUCUCCGGCGGAGAGAAAAGGAGCAGCGGCGGCGAUCCAGCAUGGAGUUUCUGAUGCAGCCAUUCAGCAGUGUCCUUGAAGAAGUAGGAGAGAGCUUGGUGCCGGCCCCUGUGCUGAGGGCGCCGACGGGAGGCGGUAUGCUGGUGGAGCAGGAUAUGGCGGUCAGAACCACUGUCCUUGAGGAACUAGGAGAUUGGUUGAUGCCGGACGCUGUGCUGCCUUGUUCGAGGGGAGAUGGUACGGUGGAAGAGCAGCAAGUGGCAGAGCAGCCAUGAGCGGUGGACAGCGCGGGUGCUCAGGUUUUUGCUGCCACUGAUGCCCUGGUGGGGAGGAGGGAUAGUUCGCCUCCGACGUCAGAGCUGUCAACUGCGAAGAUGAAUCUCCUGGUUGGAACUAGAGUUAAUAUGUGGAGGCUGUUUUUACAGGCUGAGAAUUGGGGCUGCCGCACCGAGCAGAACACCCUGCCCAAAUUAUGUCAGCGCAUUUGAGAAGGCUAGGAGUUAUGCCGACAAACCGGCUAAGAAUUUGAUCACACCAGUGAUUGGCACUACUUUUGACUCUUUGGGUGAGGCUUAUGACUUCUAUAAUUUGUAUUCAUGGGAGAAAGGCUUUGUCAUCCGAUAUGGGAAGAGCCGGCUGAAUCUCGAGAGGACACCUGGGUCUAUCUCGCGCACUACUGGAGGUACUGCGAUGGCUGUACCUUGAGAGGCACAUUGGUGAGUAUGAGCUGGCUUAUCUUAAGAAGCAGAUUGCAUACGAGGUGAUCUCAGUGAAGGGGAACAAGGCAGGGCAAAGGGAUGGAGGAACGAGCCAAGUAUGACGACGACAGGCUGAGCGCGCUCCCCGACGACGUCCUGCUCGCCGUCCUCCAGCUCCUCGACGCGGGCACCGCCGUCAGGGCCGGCGCCCUCGCGAGGCGAUGGAGGCACCUCCGCUGUCUGCUUACCGAUCUCACCAUCGACGUCGCCGACCUGGUACCACGUUCUCCGGACCCCUCCUCUCCUUGUCAGACGGUACACGAUAUGAUGACGGCCUACACCGCCGCCACGGCGUGGUUCCUCACCCCGAACAAGCAACGGAGCAUCAAGAGCCUGCGCCUCACCUUCUACCUCGUGGACCCUUACCUGCGCUCCAUCGGAGACGCCGUCGCCAAGAGCGGCGGGAGCGCGGCCGGGCCCCUGGAGUUCACCAUACUGGCGGACGUCGACGUCCUCACCGUCAACGACGCGGAGCGCGCCAUGCUUGCACGGCGCUUCAUGUCGUUCCUCGCCGCUUGCCCCGUCGCCUUCAGUGGGCUCACCAGACUCUCCCUGCAGAACCUCUGCUUCGGCGACUCCGAUAUCUCGGAUCUCCUCGGCACCUGCAGUCGACUAGAGCUGCUCUCCUUGAGCCAGUGUGGCUCUAGCUCCGCAGACAUGCUACUACGCAUAGACGCUCCGACAUCUUCGUUCCGGACCUUGGAAAUCCGCGAGCCUUUCUUCCAUGGAGUUGAGCUGACCAAUGUGCCGAAACUGGAGCGGCUUUUCUGCGACGAGGACGUCGUUAGCUUUCACGGGAGCUGCCCAGCAGUGCGGUUUGGACAUGUUCCUUGCCUUGAUGACGUAUACCUCUCAACGAUACAUCUGCGUUACUACUAUGAAAAUCCAAGAGAGCUCUUCCCCGCCUUCAGUAACCUCAGAGCUAUUUAUCUCAACAACUUGGGAACUCACAGACUGGUGGGGACUCUUUUCAUCCUACAAGCCGCACCUUUGCUGAACAAACUGUCUAUUAAGCUAUACCAGCCAUUUUUUAUUCCCCCGGAUCGCUAUGACUACAAUACCAACACGGAGGGGGAAACACCAAAAUUUGAGCAUCGCAACUUGAGCUUCCUGGAGUUGAAAGGCUAUGCUGGGCUUAGAGAAGACAUCAAGGUGGUGCGAUACAUCUGGCUCGUCACGGAGCGUGCCGCGUGCCUGAAGAAAAUCCACUUACUUGAACAAUAUCCGCUUCAAAAUUGCUAUGGUGCUAGAUGUGCAUGUCAUGUCGAUGAGCCACAUACGACUCUAUUAAGCGAGGCACUCUCUAGUAGAGCAGCUUCGUCUCCAGAGAUAACCGUAGAAUUAAUCAAUGUCCCAUGUUGAAUUAGUUCGUGCAACUGUGACAUUAGCCCCUAGCUUGUGCAGCUUCUUUGUUCAUGGUUGAUUCUGGUUGUAAUCCAUAAAUUGUUUCUAAGCAAACGGUUUUGAGUUGGGAUGUAGUUCAUCGUGAAACGAAA